AUGUCCCUCGCCACCGACUACUGGCCCAACCUGGGCCCAACAGACGAGCAACAUCGCUCGUCAGCAGUCAACCACCCCGCCAACCUCGCUCUCCGCUUCAUCAUGCCCCCUGCCCCAACACCGAAGCAAAUCCAGAGCCUCUAUACGGCUACCAUCACCGCCGCCCAAGGCUUCUCCUAUAACUUCCAAAGAUACUUCAUUCGUCGAACCGAUCUGGCCUUCAAGCCGGUGAUUGCUUCGUUGAGUCCCCCUGCGGGGUCUUCAGAACUUCCCAGCCCUAACGAUUUGGCACACUUCUUUGAAACUCAAAGGGCAGAGCUGGAGGUUCUCAAGAGAGCGUCACAGGUGAACAAAAUGUUUGAGGGACCCAAGCUUGUUGUGGAACAUGCCAAACCUAUCACAAGUGGAGGAGGAGCUGGAAUGGAAGCCAGUGCUGGUGGGGGUGGCCAGCCAAUCUAG